UCUCUUUUGUCAUCCACAUCAUAUCUAUUUUGAUAUGUACAGUAGUUUAUAAUUGCCCCCUUUUGCCAUGUGGUGUUGAUAGUUUAUGAUUGGGUCCAGUCUUUGAUUCUUUUGAAUUUUAAGGUUGUAAAAGUGCAGUUGUGAAUGUAGAAGCUAGAUCAAUAGAUUCCAAGGUUUUGACUAGAAGAUGUGCCAUAGCACGCCUAAAGGAAGUGACUGUGGACAAAGUGAGGGGCCUCAUGGUUCAGAAUGGUGGGGGCAUGGUUAUCUUGCUGCCAGACAAUACUUCUGCACUAUCUCCCGAAGAAAAACAGCAACUGUUUGAGCUGGAAGAAGAGCUGCUUUCAGAGGAGAUAACAGUGCCACUGUAUUUCACACAGGAAACGCCACAAAUAACGGAAGUCUAUGACAGUGUGAAAACUGAUAGCAGUGUGGACCAAGCCUCUUCUGGGGCAGAAGCUCUUCUGAAGUCUGUGACAGCAAAUGGCUUUCAGAUGGUGGUAAAUGGACCAAACUCUGCAGCUUUGGGAGAGUUCCAAAUCACAAACAUCCAGGGAAAGCUGUCAGGGCAUGGUAUUGAAGAACAGCUGCCUACUGUUGCUGUUGUAGCUCACUAUGAUGCAUUUGGCAUUGCUCCAGCACUGGCGUACGGGGCUGAUUCUGAUGCCAGUGGGGUUACAGCAGUCCUUGAAUUGGCUAGGAUCUUCUCCAAACUCUACACAAACUCCAGAACUCAUGCCAAAUUCAACAUAUUAUUCCUGCUAUCAGGAGGUGGCAAGUUCAAUUAUCAGGGAACCAAAAGGUGGAUUGAGGACAACCAAGAAAAUGCAGAUUCCAGUCUUCUGACAGAUGUGUCUUUUGUGCUGUGCCUAGAUGCUCUUGGUAAUGAAGACCAACUGCAUCUCCAUGUGUCUAAACCACCCAAAGAGGGUAGCCCAGGAGAUACCUUCCUCAAGCAUCUCAAAGAAGUUUCCAGUUCACUUUUCCCAAGUGUAGAAUUUGGCAUGGUCCAUAAGAAGAUUAACCUUGCCCAAGACACCCUUGCUUGGGAACAUGAGAGAUUCAGCAUCAAAAGAUUACCAGCAUUUACUCUAUCUCAUCUAGACACACAUGAUAACAAGAUUAGAAGGUCUAUUCUAGACACAAGGGAUGGAGUGGAUGUGCAGAAAUUAUCCAGAAACACUAAGAUAAUUGCUGAGGCCUUAGCAAGAUAUGUGUACAACUUUACAGAUCAGGGUCAAACUCAGAUAUUUACUGACACUUUGGAUGUUCAGGAGUCUUUAGUCACUGCUUGGAUGGACUACCUGACUUCUGAACCCAGAGGUACACAACUCCUGAACAAAGAUCACCAAAUGUUAGCCACACUAGAACACACAAUGGAGAGGUAUCUCAAAGAUGUCAGGAGAACAACUGUCAAACCUGAUAAAAGAGAUCCAGAGUUCAUGUUCUACUCAGGAGCAGAAUUUUCCAUGCAUGCAUACAGUGUGAAACCAGCCAUUUUUGAUCUCAUCCUAGCUCUGGGAAUUGCCGCGUACUUAGCUCUUCUUUAUCUGCUUGGACAGAAUUUCCCUACAGUGUACACUGGACUCAAGAGACUGGUUGGUCCAAAACCCAUGGCUGUAGAAAAAAGACAAUAAGUAAUAGUAUACUAUGCAUAGAACAAUAAGGUGCUGUGCCAUUAGAGCAUCAGCAGAUUGUUCCUUCUGCAGUUGGUCAUACAAAAACUGCUUUACACUCUUCUGUGUUUGUCAAAUGAAUAUGUGUUGAAGUCCUAUUGUCUGUAAUUUAGACGUGAACGAAUUAUAAAAUUGUUGGUUAGUGGCAGUUUGCUAUCCCUUUUUAUACGACUCAAUUAGGCAUGUGGUCAUCACUUUUUAACAUUUGCCUGUUGAAGAGCAUAUUUUGAUGUCUAGGAAAUGGGGAGCAGUUACAUUUUACUUUGAGUUUAUAGCUUACAAACAAUUUUAAUGCCCAUGUUUACUUACUGAAGGGAAAGAUAACAGUGUUUGACUUGGUCCAAGUUUCCUAUGUGUAUUUCUCUUGAACAGUGUGGUGAUCUAUUUAUACAACCCAAUUCAAUAAGGUGAUUGACUUUAAUGUUGUUAAUUAUCUGUUAAGGAUUCUAGACUGCUGAAAAGUACAAUUACCUAAAUAGCCAUCUGAGUUGAUCUGGUAAUGUUUCCUGCCUGUGUUUUUGCUCAGUUUGUAAUAAAUUUUUCUUGAGCUCAUUAUCA